GAUGUGGGAGGAUGAAAUACUUAUUUAUUACAAUAAUCUAUCAAAUUGUUAUAUAUUCAGUAUAAUUGUAUCGUUUUCAGCAGUUUUUUUAACAGUCUGGAUGAAAUAUUACAACAAAAAAGAAGAUAUCAACAGUGAGGAUUCUAAGACGAUAUCGAAUUCGAACGAUAUGACAAAGGAUUUGUUUCGAUCAGAAGAUGAAGCUGAUGGAGACGAGAAUGAAGACGUUAUCACAAAUAAAGUUGAUGGUGUGAUAUCCAAGAUUAAAAUACUUCAACAAAAAGCUAUCACGGAUGCGUUAAUGUUGACCGAACAACAAAUUCGUCAUGAAAAGAUAAUUCAAAGUCAACAAAUCAAUGAAAUAUUAAACAAAUUAAAAGAACAAGAAGAUAAAUUUCAAAUAUCGGAUAGUCAAUCAUUGGAGGAUCAAUUAAAACUAUAUGGAUUAAAAUAAU